GCCUUUAUAGCGGCGGCGGGAGCCGCGCUUUCCGCACUCAGGCGCAGCCGGGCGGAUCCGACUCAGGACCGAGCAGCCCCCUCGACCACCAUGUCUGCAGCCUGGAUCCCCGUUCUCUGCCUCGGUGUCUGUCUGCUGCUGCUGCCGGAACCUGCGGGCAGCGAGGGAGCCGUUCCCAUUGCUAUCACAUGCUUUACCCGAGGCCUGGACAUCAGGAAAGAGAAAGCAGAUGUCCUCUGCCCAGGGGGCUGCUCUCUUGAGGAAUUCUCCGUAUUUGGGAACAUAGUGUAUGCAUCUGUAUCAAGCAUAUGUGGUGCAGCUAUCCACAGGGGAGUAAUCAGCAACUCAGGGGGACCUGUACGAAUAUAUAGCCUACCAGGUCGAGAAAACUAUUCCUCAGUAGUUGCCAAUGGCAUUCAGUCUCAAACACUUUCCAGAUGGUCUGCUUCUUUCACAGUGACAAAAGGUAAAAGUGGUACCCAGGAGGCCACAGGACAAGCAGUGUCCACAGCACGUCCAUCAACAGGUAAACGACUAAAGAAAACACCUGAAAAGAAAACUGGCAAUAAAGACUGUAAAGCAGACAUUGCAUUUCUGAUUGAUGGAAGUUUUAAUAUUGGGCAGCGCCGAUUUAAUCUACAGAAGAAUUUUGUUGGCAAAGUGGCUCUAAUGUUGGGAAUUGGAACAGAAGGACCACACGUGGGCCUUGUUCAAGCCAGUGAACAUCCCAAAAUAGAAUUUUAUUUGAAAAACUUUACAUCAGCCAAAGAUGUUUUGUUUGCCAUAAAGGAAGUAGGUUUCAGAGGGGGUAAUUCCAAUACAGGAAAAGCCUUGAAGCAUACGGCCCAGAAAUUCUUCACAGCAGACGCUGGAGUAAGAAGAGGGAUCCCCAAAGUGGUGGUGGUAUUUAUUGAUGGCUGGCCUUCUGAUGACAUUGAGGAAGCAGGCAUUGUGGCCAGAGAGUUUGGUGUGAAUGUAUUUAUAGUUUCUGUGGCCAAGCCUAUCCCUGAAGAACUGGGGAUGGUUCAGGAUGUUGCAUUUGUUGACAAGGCUGUCUGUCGGAACAAUGGCUUCUUCUCUUACCACAUGCCCAACUGGUUUGGCACCACAAAAUAUGUAAAGCCUCUGGUACAGAAGCUCUGCACUCAUGAGCAAAUGAUGUGCAGCAAGACCUGCUAUAACUCAGUGAACAUUGCCUUUCUAAUUGAUGGUUCCAGCAGUGUUGGAGACAGUAAUUUUCGCCUCAUGCUUGAGUUUGUUUCCAACAUAGCCAAGACUUUUGAAAUCUCAGACAUUGGUGCCAAGAUUGCUGCUGUGCAGUUCACCUAUGAUCAGCGCACAGAAUUCACUUUCACUGAUUACAGCACCAAAGAGAAUGUCCUAGCUGUUAUCAGAAACAUUCGCUACAUGAGCGGUGGAACAGCUACAGGUGAUGCCAUUUCCUUCACUGUUAGAAACGUGUUUGGUCCUGUGAGGGAUAGCCCCAACAAGAACUUCCUGGUAAUUGUCACAGACGGGCAGUCCUAUGACGAUGUUCGAGGCCCUGCUGCUGCUGCACACGAUGCAGGUAUUACCAUCUUUUCUGUUGGAGUGGCUUGGGCACCUUUGGAUGACCUGAAAGAUAUGGCCUCUAAACCAAAGGAGUCACAUGCUUUCUUCACAAGAGAGUUCACAGGAUUAGAACCAAUUGUUUCCGACGUCAUCAGAGGCAUUUGUAGAGAUUUCUUGGAAUCCCAGCAAUAAUGGUAACAUUUUGACAACUGAAAGAAAAAGUGUAAGAGGAUGUAAUGUAUAAGUCAUUUUCUCCUAAUACUGAAAUACUAUAUAGCAUACUAGGACCAGAUACAAAACGAUUAUAUUAAAAAUGCCAACAGCUGUUUCAAGCAAAUAAGCAUUCAUUUAAAGCUACUACCUUCUAAUUACAAUUUAGAAUUAUUAAACACUCUGCUGAGGCUUCAUAAUCAUGACCCUUAUAAACUCUGGAAACAGGAGAUAUUGUGGAUCUGAAUCUUAAGAAUUCUAAAAUGCGUGUUAAAUGUACAGAGACAUAAAUUCCAUAGCUCAAUAAAAGAAUCUGAUACUGAGAACAAAAGCAACAUUCCUUCUCUCAUCAUUCUGUAUUAAAUAUAUAAAGAGAAUGAAACUUAAAUAGUUCUUUAACUCAGUUCAUAUGUAAGUCAUUUUCCCCAUA